AUGGACCCGAAUAGUCUGGCGUCGCGCAAACCGCUGGUCGGCUGUGUCGAACAGCUUCAGGACGCCGUCGUGGCCGAUUUGACAGAGCUGAUCGGCCAGCUGACAGAGCGGCUCGCCGCCUCCGACGCCGCCAUUCAGGCCGUCAAGAAGGCGCAGAAAAAGCAGAAACACGUGAUUUCGCAGUUGAAGGAGGAGUUGGCGCGAGUCGGCGUCAAGAAGGUAAUCGCUUUUUCUUGUGGAUUUUCCAACUUAUCCAUGAGCUUAAGGACCAGAAUGCCGAGAAGGCGUCGUCGUUGGCGUCGCCGGACACUUCGAUCGACGCCGUCGGCUUCGGAGAGAGCGCCUCGACGGUCAACGCGGAAAAGUCUUGCCCGCCGACCGCCCAACUUGCAGCGGAUUUUUUGGAGAGAAUGCAAACGGACUUUGCGCGACUGGUGACCAAUCUGGCGGAACCGUCCGUGCAGGUGCAGAAUGCGCGGACGGAGCUGUCGCAGUGCAAGAAGGAGGACAAAGAAACGCUGGCCGAGUACUACAAUCGCGUGAAGCGCAUCGCGAAUACGGCCUUUCCGGGAAGCGCGGACUCGUUUGUGGACAAAACAACGAUGGAUUCGUUCGUGAACGGACUCGACACGGAAAUGAGUGUGUACGUGAGGGGCGAGGAGCCGGGCACGAUCGGACAGGCCUACAAACUGGCGCUCGUCAAGGAGAUGGAGAACACUUAUCAGCUGCGGAAGGGACCCUCUCGGACCAGGUGAGCUCACGGAUCGGAUCCGAACUUGGCAGUCUUGUAUUGAAGUACUUUGUGUUCAAACUUCAGACCAAUCGGAUAAUCUGGUCCCGAGAUCGGUUUUUUUCUGGUUUCUGAUCCACACAUCUCGAGGCCAGAUGAUCCGAUCCGGCUGAAACUUGGUCCCUAGGCUCCAAUUGGAAUUUUGCAAAUGGGUCAAACCACAGACAGGCAGUUUCCACUCAAAGUGACGAAACUUGCUCCCAGCAUACCGAACGAUUUCUAAUUUCAGAACCGAAGUACUGCCGUUCAGCAUCAUUUCGAUUCCGUUUAAACCGAUUACUUCCAAGCCGAGCGCCAUGAUGCGCCAACUCGCCGCGAAAGGCCGUUUCGACGUGAAAGUGCUGUGGGAAACGCUUAUUCCGCCGCACUCGGACCAGUUGGUGAGGUGCCAGGUCCCGGCGGCCGUCGGUUUGGACAUUAUUGUGCACGCCGCCGUCCACAACGGACUCGUCAUCGGGGGAAUGAAUUUCGACGCAAACCAAUUGAUGGAGAUUCGAAUCACGAAUCCGUCAGGCCUCAACAAGGUGUUGUCGGCCGGUGAGACGAUUGCGAAGGCGUCCGAAUUGGAAAAGUAUGAUAGUUCGAAUGAGCUCUGA